AUGGCUCCCAUUAACACAGUUAACAACGAGGCAUUCAAAGAGAUGAUCAAAACGCUGGACAAAAGAUACGAGAUGCCAUCCAGAAACUACUUCUCAAAGGUGGCAUUGCCAGCGCUGUAUAAACAAUGCCGGGAGGAAAUCCGAAAAGAAAUAGCAGAUCUCCCGUUCUAUGCGACCACGACCGAUCUAUGGUCAAGUAGGACCAUGGAGCCGUACAUGUCCCUGACGAUCCAUUACAUUGACGAGGAUUUUGAAAUUAAAACUCGCUGCCUGCAGACGUCAUUUUUUCCGGAGGAUCAUACGGGAGAAGCUAUUGCUCAAGGCUUGGUAGAAGCACUAGCUUCUUGGGACCUGCAACAGGAGAGACUUGUCUGCAUCACAACCGACAACGGGACCAAUGUCGUCAAGGCAGCAGCUCUCAAUCAGUGGACAAGACUUCAGUGCUUUGGACAUAGGCUCCACUUAGCAAUUGACCGAAAAGCAAGAACCCUCAUCCCAACAUGGCAGGAUACUGAAGUCCUGGAAUCAAUCAACCAAGCUCUCCAACCUCUGCUUGAAUUCACCGAUGCACUGUCAAGUGAGAAGUAUGUCAGUAUCUCCUUUGUUAAACCAGUACUCCACCUGUUCAGCACAUCCAUCCUCAAAACAACUGACGAUGCUACAACCCUCACCAAUACCAUCAAAACCAAAAUCCUAACAUACUUGGAGGAGAAAUACCAGGAUCCUGAGACUCAAGAACUGCUAGACAUGGCAUCUGCUGUCAACCCUCGCUUCAAAAUGAGAUAUGUGAAUGAGAACAGAAUUGCACCAAUCCAGGCCAGGCUCAUCUCUGAGAUGGUUGCCCCUGCAAACAUGGAGAUGGGCCCAACUGAUCCAUGUGGAGGCACCACAGGCAAUGCAGAGGAUGGACCAAGUGGACCUAAGCGACGGAAGACAUUGGGGAGCUUUUUCAAAGGCUCUUGUGGAAGCACAUCUCCUAACCAGGAGCAGCAGACUGUGGCAUCUGAGCUGCAGGCCUACCUUCAGUGUGCCAGCCUUGACAGCGAAAAUGACCCACUGGACUGGUGGAAAGAACACGGGAAAUUGUAUCCCAGAGUGUCAAAGCUGGCGAAAAAGUACCUCUGCAUCCCUGCUACCAGUUCCCCAUCAGAACGGGUGUUCAGCACAGGGGGAAAUGUAGUCACAUGCCAUCGGGCAUCCUUGAAGCCAGAACAUGUGGACAGGCUUGUCUUUCUGGCCAAAAAUCUGUAGGCCCACCUUAGUUAUUGUCCUCAUGCUCUACCGCAAUUCACUGAAAUCAGCAGUUCAGUUUUAUUUUGUUAUUCCGUUACGUCAGUGUUACUCAACCGGGAUGCUACAGCGUCCCAGGGUGUGUUCGGAAGCCCUAGGGAGGCAGUGAGAAGGAUACAGCUUAGGUGGUGCUUAGAGGUGGUGCUUAGUGACAUUUGGGACAGUUAGUCCAUUUUAUAUUAUAAUACUGAGGUGUUGUAGGGUUCAAGAGGGUGUAUGGAGGCCUAUGUUGUGGCUCAGGGGUCGUUAAUUCAAAAAAGGAUGAGAAAAACUGUCUCAUAUAGUAAAUUCCUUGGUUAUGUUUCAUUUUGUGGCCUUAAACUACAUUCACUCUGCACUGGAUAAUUGAUUAUUGUUUUUUACAGAAGUGCAAUAAAAAAAUAAAAAAUAAUAAAAAAAAAACUUUUGCAUAAUCGUGAUUAUAAUCGAAAUCGUGAUUUUGAUCCAAAUAAUCGUGAUUAUCAUUUUUUCCAUAAUCGUGCAGCCUUGCUAGGCAGGUACAGCGACUGGCCAGCUCCAUCUCCACUGAUGACUCCCAUCCCCUGGCAAGUGAGUUUCAGCUGCUACGGUCAAAAAGGAGAUUCAUAAUCCCGAGAGUUAGGACCACUCGCUGCAGGAACAGCUUUGUUCCUGCUG